GAACCGGAAAUCAAAUUUGGCUCCUCCCUUUCUUCUUCGAUGCGCCAUGGCUCGGCGGCCCGAGCCACCUUUUCCAACCAAGCCGCGUCGCCGCCGGCUUCCGACCUCGCCCACCUCCUUCUGGCUGCCGCCCUCUCCAGUUCCUUCUCACAAUCGCCCGCUGCCACCCCGAGGGUCGACGGUCCCCUCCCCGAAGCAGCCGCUCUCCACGUCCUCCGCCGUCCCUCCCUCCCCGCCUCUGCCAAGCUUUCCUUCUUUCGAUGGGCCAUCUCCUCCGCCGGCUACACCCCCUCCCGUUCGGCAUUCUCCGUCCUCCUCCGCUCUCUCUCCCACUCCCGACCGCCUCUCCUCGACCCGCUCCGUCCACUCCUCCGGCAGGCCCUCUCUUGCUCCCCCAUCGCCGUCGAUCCCCACACUUUCCGUUCCGUCCUCGAUGCCUUCCUCCGCUGCGGCCGCUUCGAUUCGGCUAUUUACGCCCUCGCGGAUGCCGAGGAGCUAGUUGGCCCCAGCGCAGCCGCCGUGCUUCUCACUCCCAGCACAUACACCUCCAUCGUUCUCGCACUGCUUCAGAAGUCGCAGCUCUCGCUCGCCCUUUCCCUGCUUCGCAAGAUCCUCCGCGCAUCCAUCGUACCCGACGCCCUGCCCUGCAAUCAGUUACUGGUCGCGCUGAGGAAGGCCGAUAGGAGGGACGAUUUCCGCUCACUGUUUGACGAAUUGUGCCAAAAGGGUUUUCUUUUUGAUAUUUGGACCUAUAAUAUUUGCAUCCAUGCCUUUGGAUCCUGGGGCGAUUUGAAUCUUGCUCUUGGCCUCUUCAAGGAGUUGAAGACGAAGGAACCCCAAGUGCUUCCCGAUCUCUGUACCUACAAUUCAAUCUUAGGAUCCCUCUGUUAUGUGGGGAAGAUUACUGAUGCAUUGAUCGUCUACCAGGAGAUGAAGGAAGGUGGUCUUGGACCUGAUAAGUUCACUUACCUCACACUGAUCAAUGGUUGCUGCAAAACCUACCGUCUCGAUGAAGCUUGCCGAGUGUUCAAUGAAAUGGAGUACAAUAAUGUGCGUGCUGACACUGCCCUCUACAACACCCUUCUAGAUGGUCUUCUGAAGGUCCGAAAGCUAAAUGAGGCAUGCCAAUUGUUUGAGAAAAUGGUCUCUGAGGGGAUCCGGGCCUCAUGCUAUUCCUACAACAUUUUGAUUGAUGGAUUGUUUAAAAACGGAAGACAAGCUGCUGGCUUCACUCUGUUCAUUGAAUUGAAGAAAAAAGGUCAAUUUGUGGAUGCCAUCACAUACAGCAUUGUUGUUCAACACCUGUGUAAGGAAGGCAAGGUGGAAGAAGCACUUGAAUUGGUGAAGGAGAUGGAAGAAAGAGGGUUGAUGGUCGAUCUGGUUACAAUUACAUCUCUACUUAUUGCUUUGCACAAAUAUGGGACAUGGGACUCGCCAGAACAACUUACGAAGUAUGUGAGGGACAGUGCUGUGUUGCCAAGUGUUCUCAGGUGGAAGGCUAGCAUGGACUCCCUGAUGAAAGGACCACAGGACAAGAGCAAGGACUACACCUCAAUGUUUCCCGUUGUUGCCAACCUUAGUGAUAUUAUGAAUUGGAUCAACUCAGCACCUAGCAUGAACACCGAUGCUGCCACUUGCGAUACCGAGUCAAAAGAUGAGUGGUCUUUGACACUCUACCUGGAUAAACUUGCUGACAGAUCUCAUUCUUUUGAGAAUACUUCUCAGAAAUUAACUGACUUUAGAGGACUGAGAGUAGAAGAGAAUCGAAUUGAUUCUUUUGAUAUUGAUAUGGUUAAUACAUAUAUGCCAAUAUUUUUAGCAAAAGGUAAGCUAAGCUUUGCUUGUAAGUUGUUUGAAAUCUUUGCCUCGCUGGGAACGCAACCUGUGAGCUAUACCUACAAUUCUUUGUUGACUUCAUUCAUCAAGAAGGGAUAUUUGACUGAAGCAUGGAAAAUUCUUCAGGAGAUGGGAGACAAAUUAUGUCCUGCUGACAUUGCAACCUAUAAUCUAAUAAUCCAAGGAUUGGGGAAGAUAGGAAAGGCAGAGCUUGCAAGUGCAGUUCUUGAUCAGCUGUUGAAGAAAGGUGGGUAUCUCGACAUUGUGAUGUACAAUACUUUCAUUCAUGCAUUGGGAAAGGCCAAAAGACUAGAUGAGGCCAAUCAACUUUUCAAGCAAAUGAUUACUAGUGGUAUCAAUCCAGAUGUUGUGACCUUUAAUACCUUAAUAGAGGUGCAUGCUAAGGCUGGCAAAGUGAAGGAAGCCUAUAACUUUUUGAGGAAAAUGUUGGCUGCAGGAUGCUCCCCAAACCACGUGACUGAUACAAUCUUGGAUUUUCUUGAGAAGGAGAUUGACAGGUUGAGAUAUCAAAAGGCUUCAUUCAAGCGCGACAAGGAAGAGGCUGAUGGUGAUUGAAAAAGGAAAAAUCUGUGUUUGCUUCUUAACACGAGAAUUUGGAAAUCACUGUGUGAGAUUUGAUUCCUUGGUAAUGAUAAAUAUAAAUAGGAAUCACCAGAUAGCCUCAGGGUUAAACUAGAAGUUUUCAGGAGACAUGCCUCUGAAAAAGUUUCCUGAUAAAACUAUUUAACACUUCCUUACUUCUAAACAUCCUGUAUGCCAGUAUAUUGCAACAAAAACUUUUCUAUGACAGAACACCCAAGGAAGAUGUGUGGAUGCUGUCUCUGAAUUUCAUGUAGCAGAUAUCGUGAAAUACAAGAAAUUGCAUGCACAUGCAGCAAUUGCAUGAUGCAUUUUGGAAAGUUUCGAGCCUAAGUUUCAGAAUCAAUGGGAUUUUUGGCAACCACUCAACCAUGUACUAGGAAGAUGGCUCUUCAGUGUGGUGACAAAGUUGGUUUUCAGAGAUUGGAAGGGAAAAUUGGCAGACUCCUUUGUGUACUGUGGAAAUACGAACCUUAGUGACUGCAGUAUCCAAAUGCAUCAAUAAUUGUUCCUGUACAACUUGUGCUUUUGCUGAAGUGACUCAGGAGAACUGAACCAUUAGACAUUGCUUGGUUUGGAUGGGGUAAUUGAUGGAUACUGAGAUGAGGUGGAGGACAAGACCUCUAUUUGCGACUCAUGAACUCAAAUUUGGGUAAACUGAGAGAGUCAUGUGCACUAUUGUUGUAGAUGAUGUAGAGCAUCAAAACAACUUUAGGAAAUAGAACUUUCAAAUGAAACAAAUGGUUGGUUUCACCUAGCAAACUACUGUGAGAAGUAUACUUUUGUACACAUUUGACCUGCAAAAUGAUGACAAGUUAGUUCCUUGUAAUAUAAUGAUCAUCAGGACCACCUUUUAGAACAAAAACUUCUUAGAAAUUUAUAUCUGUGGUCCUUUGGCAAUCAGGUACAUCAGGCAGAAAAAGUAAAAUAAGGAAAAGAAUAAUCAUAGUAAUCUUUUGUUUGGUCUUUACAUCAUAUUGUGGAAAUCCUCUGAGCAAAUAAAAGGUAUACAUCAUUUGAAAUUGAGCAUACAUGUUUUGAAGUUAGAUCUGCUAUGGAAAGUGAUUUAAUUAACUCAGCUUCCUACAAGGCAUAUGUUUGGGUAUAAAUUCCAAUUUCAUUGCCUCUAAUGAAAGUUUCGAAGGAGAGCCUGAUGAAGGCCCAAAAUUUCUACUGAUUAAUUUUGUUGCCAUACUUCUUCCCACACAAUUUAUCAUUCCAACAAGCUGGGCUCCACCAUGUGACUUGGAGGAGAAGGUGACCUUGGAAAGGCAAAGCUGAUCUCUUGAAUUUGCAAGCAGGAGUAUAUCUGAAAUUGUUACUGCACUCCCCCAAUUGCAAGGAACACCUCCCGAUCUCUGAGAGAAGGUGACUAGCGCCUUAACUGCUGUUUGCAGUCCUGCAUUCCCUCCAAAUAGAGGCUUGCUGCACUAUCUGCAGUCGGCUUCAUUUGGAUGUACUGAUCGUAUGAGAAUAACCUGCAUAGAGAGAAAGACUUUCGAUAGGUAUUUCAGAACGAAUAGCCAGUUUCUGGCCAAGUGUCUAAUUUGUCCUGCUACCUCUGAAGGCCCAUCAUCCUCUACUGAGCUUGAGGUUAACAAUAUAGAGCUUGAGAAGUUUGACUUGGACAAUCAAGUACGCUCCUCAAAAAACAGUUUGCCUGCUUUUUCUGGGAGGCAUGAUGGAAAACCUUGGUUUAUAUCAUUCCAUGGCUACCAUUACCAAAUAAAUGAGGUUGAAUCUAUUUCAAUGAAGGAAAGAUCUAUUCUUUGGUUUGCUGCACCAACUGUUUUGGUAGCCUUCUUGGUUUUCCCCUUGUUUACUUGUGAAAGAUUCUUUAUAUGUUUUUUAAGUCAUAGAUUUUAUGAAAUUAACAGAUAUA